AUGAUAGCUACGGUGUUCGUCACCGUAGUGCUAAUCACUGUGGUUUCCAUGAUGUCUUCCUUGGCUGACAAGGGUGAUAGUAAUCAGGAUCCCAAGUUAUUACAAGUCAUCAAUUUAACUGCCGUUGCUAUAAAACGUCUAAUUAAAAUGGCCAAAAAGAUUGCCGCUUUUCGUGAUAUGUGUCAAGAGGAUCAGGUGGCCUUAUUAAAAGGUGGAUGCACAGAAAUGAUGAUUAUGCGAUCGGUGAUGACAUAUGACUAUGAUCGCAAUACUUGGAAGAUACCCCAUACCAAAGAAGAUAUGUCCAAUAUUAGAGCUGAAGUUCUGAAAUUGGCCAAAGGCAAUGUAUACGAAGAGCAUAUAAAAUUUAUAAGCACAUUCGAUGAGAAAUGGCGCAUGGAUGAAAAUAUCAUAUUAAUAAUGUGUGCCAUUGUAUUGUUCUCACCAACAAGGCCGCGUAUUAUUCAUUCCGAUGUCAUCAGAUUGGAACAGAAUUCCUAUUAUUAUCUUCUGCGAAGAUAUUUGGAAUCUGUUUAUCCCGGUUGCGAAGCCAAAUCAGCGUUUAUAAAACUAAUACAAAAAAUAUCAGACGUUGAACGUCUGAAUCAAUUUAUUAUUGGUGUCUAUUUAAAUGUAAAUCCAUCACAGGUUGAACCUUUAUUAAGAGAAAUAUUCGAUUUGAAAAAUCACUAA